AUGACAUCCGGAAGUCCCUCGGCGGCGCGACCCCCCGUGCAUUCAACUCGCUCCUCGUGCGGCACGAAGCCAAACGACGGGCUUGAGGGUCCGCCCCCCGAAGAGGCCACCCAGGAGGAAGGGACGGUUGAGGCACCCGAGGGUCCGCCUCCCGAAGAGACCCUGGAAGUUGUGCAUGUGGAGUUAUUGGUGCGUGCAGCCUCACAGGUGGCUGCCAGCAUGGCCCCUGGCGGAAUUAAUGUGAAGGUUCAUGAAGAUGAAAGGGCUCAUGAAGUUGAAGGUGCCCAGGAAGACGAGGAGAACGUGGAUGACUCUCUGAUGGUUGGGCCUCACCCUCCUAGGACUACCUCAGAGCAGAGUGGGAUUCCAGUUGGGCCACUGCUGUCUGGUGGGCCGGGGCCUGGUGGGCCUACUUCGGAACAGAAUGGGCUAAGGCCUCUCUCAUCCAUCAACGACCCAGUGAUGGAAUGCUUCCGGGACGGUGCUCCACCACCGCUGCAACCUGCUCCCGCUGACAGAGACGCCGAGGCACAUAGGCUGGCGAGCUUGCCGGCGCCCAUGGCUCCACCCGCCUGCGGCGGGGCCUCUCUGGACGACGGGCCGACCACCCCGGUGGCGCAUGGUUCUCUCCCGACGCGCUUCCCGUCGGCGGCAGCUCUCAGGAUGAGGAGCGUUUCUGUACCCACCGUCGGCGGCUCCCAAGUGGGGGAUUUGGAGCACCCUACGGCUCCUUCUGCUCCCUCUAUGACACAAGAUGAUGCCCCGGCCACACCACGCCUCCAGGUUUGUGAAGCUUCACCUGCCCCCUUAAGGGUUUAUUCUCGGCAGCGGCGUAGAGCCAAGUCAGGGGAAGCGUAUACAACAGAUGCCAAUUCUCAGGGAGUCAGGCCGCAAUCACCAAUCCAGAAGCUCAACAAGGUGUGCAAGCCAAUUGAUUCGCUUCUUCCUCAGCCGGUGAUUCAGAAGCGCCGGAGGAAGUUACCACCGCCAGGAUCUCUGCCUCGGCGCAGCCGACGGGUAGCUGGUGCAGGACCAUGCUCACCAGGGCCUCUGGUAACAGAGGCACAGAAGAGGGUGAUGAGGCAACUAGGCUUUAGUGAAAGGGAAGUUAUUGAGCCGGAAGCGCAAGACAGAUAUUGCAAGCUUUACAAUCCUUUGCUAUCUGAUUCCCAUGUUUCAGCCAUUGCUGCCAUCUUUGGCUGGAUUGUUGGGAAUGGGGAGCAGGUGCGGUUCGCUGAUGUCCUGUGA